CGCGCUCUUUCCACUCCAUAUCUCCUUCCUGUGUGCACGUCCCUUUCAUCUGGUGGCUCCAGCGUGACAAGCUGCCGCUGAGGAAGCCCCUGUCGGGAGCAUAAGUGGAGGCAUCAGCAGGAUGGCCUCGGCAAGUCGCUCCCCUCCCGGGCCUCAUCUGCCUAACGAUCAUCUCCUCCUCCGAAGUUGUAUGCAUGAAAGGCGAGUGGAAACUUCACUAAAAUGAAGGCGACUGAGACACCACAGAAGGAACUGCAUCCUUCCGGAGACUUACGAAAAUAGGACAGAGUCAGGCUGGAGGCAAAUCUGGAUCUGGGCCGCUCCUGGACCAAGAGAGUGAAGCAGAGGGUGAGUGGAUGGACAGGAGGAGGAGGGAAUGAGGUGGGAACACAGGAUCCUUAGAGGAGAGGGCGGACGCAGCGAGGGAGUGGUAGCGGAGAGAGAGGACUGGCUCUGAUCGCAGACAGGUCAGUGACCAGUUCUCUAGCAGUGAGGCCUGGAGAUGAACUCCUUUGUCUUUGGAGCCUCAUCCAUAAAAUAGACGUUGCUGGGCGGAGGGCAUGAAGCCGUGUAUCUGAAGGCACUGUGCCUAAGGGAGUAGUUCCCUUCCUGAGCCCUGUCUUUAUGCACCUGAACAGGCUGUGGGAGGGGUUCUGUCCUGCAUUCCUGGGACAAGCCAGUGAGGUAAGAGAAUCCAGAGGGCUUGUGGCCUCACUGCCUGUCCUCGCCAGCUGUCCCCUCUGCUCCUGUAGAAUCAGUGCUGGUCUCCGUCUAUGUACAUCUGGACUUUUCAGAUAAGACCUGGCCCCCUGCGGUCUCCAGGACCCUGGAUCUCCCUGCUGCCUCAGCUUCCUCUGCUCCAAGGCCUCUUCUCACUGGCCUCAGACUCACAACAGGUACCGCUUCUGUGGGAAGGGGUCUGAGAGUGAAUGAACAUGGGCUCCUGGGCCUCCUGCAGCCAGCUUGCCUGAGAUGCUGGGAGCCCCUCUGUGUUUCCUGGAGGAAGAACUGCCUGGUUCUCUCUCUAUGGCCCAGCUCCUUCCUCACCUCCCUACCAGACAGACCCUUCCCUGCCUGCCCCAUCCCCCUAUCUUCUAGCUUUGGCUGAUGGCCCAAGGAACAGGCAAUAGGGCCCAGACCUCCACCUUCAGCCUAUUCUCUUGCCUCAUGUGACCUCUGCUGCUUCAAGUCCUGACUAAGGGGGUAGUCCCGAUGUGUGGGCCUGACUGAGGCACGUGGAGUUUGGGGAUUGGGCCAGAUACCCAGCCCUAAAGCCUCUCAGGCAUCGGGCAGGUGUUGGCCCUACCUGCCUAGCUGCGUCAGACAGUCUGCCCACUCCCUCUUCCCUUCUCUCUGUCACAGAGUGUCAUGUCAACCAUGAGGGGUAUUUCUAUUGUGCUUGCCUCUCUGGGUACCAGUGGAACACCAGCAUCUGCCUCCAUCACCCUCCCUGUCAAAGCCCCCACAACCACCAGCCCUGUGGCUGCCUUAUCUUCAGCCAUCCCGAACCUGGGUACUGCCAGCUGCUGCCACCUGUCCCCGGGAUCCUGAGCCUGAACUCCCAGCUGCAGAUGCCUGGCGACACGCUGAGUCUGACUCUCCUUCUGAGCCAGGAGGCCACUGACCUGAGCUGGUUCCUGAGGCACCCAAGGAGCCCCAGCCCUAUCCUUCUGCAGCCAGGGACACAGGUUUCUGUGACUUCCAGCCAGGGCCAGGCUGCCCUCAGCAUCACAAACAUGUCCAGUCACUGGGCAGGUGAGUACAUGAGCUGCUUCGAGGCCCAGGGCUUCAGGUGGAGCCUGCACAAGGUGGUGAAGGUGACUUUGAAGGCGACAGAUGUGGCUCGACUUCCAGUCCGGCUGUCCAUCUCCUGUGCCACCUCCCCUGGCUUCCAGCUGAGCUGCUGCAUCCCCAGCACAAACCUGGUCUACACUGUGGCCUGGAGCCCCGGAGAGGGCAGCAGAGCCUUCUCCUUCAAUGAGUCGGGCUCUGAGUGCUUUGUGCUGGCUGUUCAGCGCUGCCCGGCAGCCGACACCACGUAUACUUGUGACCUGCAGAGUCCAGGCCUGGCUCCACUCAGGGUCCCCAUCUACAUCACCAUCAUCCAGGAUGGAGACAUCACCUGCCCUGAGGACUUCUCGGUGCUUACCUGGAAUGUCACCAAAGCUGGCCACGUGGCACAGGCACCAUGUCCUGAGAGCAAGAGGGGCACAGUGAGGCGGCUCUGCAGGGCUGAUGGAGUCUGGGGGCCCAUUAACAGCAGCUGCACAGAUACGAGGCUCCUGGCCCUGUUCGCUAGAGCCAAGCUGCUGCAGGCAGGCCAGGGCAGGCCUGCUGAGGAGGUGCCACAGAUCUUGGCACAGCUGCCAGGGCAAGCGGCAGAGGCAAGUUCACCCUCUGACUUACUGAUCCUGUUGAGCACCAUGAAAUACCUAGCCAACGUGGUGGCAAAGGCCAGAAUACAGCUUGACCGCAGUGUCCUGAAGAAUCUCCUGAUUACCACAGACAAGGUCCUAGAUAUGGAUACCGGUUCUCUGUGGACCCUGGCCCAAGCCCGGAAGCCCUGGGCAGGCUCAACUCUCCUGCUGGCGGUGGAGACCCUGGUGUGCAGCCUGCGUCCGCAGGACCAGCCCUUCGCCUUCAGCUUGCCCAAUGUGCUGCUGCAGAGCCAGCUGUUCGGACCCACAUUUCCUGCUGACUACAGCAUCUCCUUCUCUACUCAGCCCCCGCUACAGGCACAGAUUCCCGGGCACUCCCUGGCCCCACUGGUCCGUAACGGAACGGAAAUAAGUAUUACUAGCCUGGUGCUGCGAAAGCUGGACCACCUUCUGCCCUCAAACUAUGGACAAGGGCUGGGGGAUUCCCUCUAUGCCACUCCCGGCCUGGUCCUUGUCAUUUCCAUCAUGGCAGGUGACAGGGCCUUCAGCCAGGGAGAGGUCAUCAUGAACUUUGGGAACACAGAUGGUUCCCCUCACUGUGUCUUCUGGGAUCACAGUCUCUUCCAGGGCAAGGGGGGUUGGUCCAAAGAAGGAUGCCAGGCACAGGCGGCCAGUGCCAGCCCCACUGCUCGGUGCCUCUGCCAGCACUUCACUGCCUUCUCCGUCCUCAUGUCCCCCCAUGCUGCUCCGGAAGAACCUGCCCUGGCGCUGUUGACUCAGGUGGGCUUGGGGGCUUCCAUCCUGGCGCUGCUCAUGUGCCUGGGUGUGUACCGGCUGGUGUGGAGAGUCGUGGUGCGGAACAAAGUCGCCUAUUUCCGCCACGCUGCCCUGCUCAACAUGGUGCUCUGCUUGCUGGCUGCCGACACCUGCUUCCUGGGCGCCCCCCUGCUGCCUCCUGGGCCCCGCAGCCCACUCUGCCUUGCUGCCGCCUUCCUCUGUCAUUUCCUCUACCUGGCCACCUUUUUCUGGAUGCUGGCACAGGCCCUGGUGUUGGCCCACCAGCUGCUCUUUGUCUUCCACCAGCUGCCCAAGCACCGAGUUCUCCCGCUGAUGGUGCUCCUGGGCUACCUGUGCCCACUGGGGUUUGCGGGUGUCACCCUGGGGCUCUACCUCCCUCAAGGGCAGUACCUGAGGGAGGGGGAAUGCUGGCUGGAUGGGAAGGGAGGAGCGUUCUACACCUUCGUGGGGCCAGUGCUGGCCAUCGUAGGCGUGAAUGGACUGGUACUAGCCAUGGCCUUGCUGAAGUUGCUGAGACCUUCGCUGUCAGAGGGACCCCCAGCGGAGAAGCGCCAAGCCCUGCUGGGGGUGAUCAAAGCCCUGCUCAUUCUCACACCCAUCUUUGGCCUUACUUGGGGGCUGGGCCUGGCCACUCUGUUAGAGGAAGUCUCCACGAUCCCUCAUUACAUCUUCACCAUUCUCAACACUUUCCAGGGUGUCUUCAUCCUAUUGUUUGGUUGCCUCAUGGACAGGAAGGUACAAGAAGCUUUGCGCAAACGCUUCUGCCACGCCCAAGCCCCCAACACCACCAUCUCCCUGGUGAGUUCCUGGCUUCAGAUCCUCAGCUCUCCUCUGAGAGCAUGUCAGAAGGUGUUCCAUGGCCUUCCCCAGAAGACAUGGGCACAGCCAGAAGCUGAGAGAAGACUGGGGUUGGUUUUUAGAAUGAGCAGGUUUCAGGUUCCAGCUUCCCACCGGUGGAGCAAGCAGCCCGGUCAGAGCCGUCAGAAUAGGGUUCCUGGGUUCCUGAUUAUCAUCGGGACUCCUGCUGACUCUCUUGCCUCUGGUUUUUCCAUCUGAAAAUCUGCCUCCAGUUAGCAUUUGAAGGAAAAAUGUGGGAUCAGUACUCACAGGAGUUAUUGUAGCUGAGAGCGCAAUUUCUAGGAUUCCUGUAGCCCAGGCAGGAGUGCAUUUGAGAAAGUAAAAACAGAUACAACCUCUUCAAGGGAGAGUUGACCAGAAUAAUUGCCCUGCAAUUGGGCCUUUCCACCCCUUCCUAGGCCACAAAUGAAAGCUAUAUCUUGGAACACAGUAAAGGCGGAAGUGACACUGCCAGGUGAGAACUCAGCUUUCUCAGGGCAGCCUAAGCAGGGUGGAUUGAGGAUGGUGUGGCAAAGGGCCUCCUGGCAAAGUUCUGGACAGAAGCCUUCUCUUUCCGUACCCAGCCCACACCAAAGGGUAGGAAACAGGUUUUCAGGGUAGCCAGUGCUGGAUGGGUGGGGACGGUGGAAAUGUUGGAGAGCAGAAGGCAUAGCACCUUCUCCUGCUUCCCAAGAAAGCUAAGGGACUUUCACCACCACCAGUCCUUGACUCACUUUCCUGAAAAUUCCUUUUCACGUGAUAACACUUUUAAUUAUCAUGAGAAUCUUGCCUCAAAGGGAUUGCCAUGGGUGGGCUUGGUAUCCAGAGGGGAGGGCAGCCUGCAGAAGCUGGGCUCAGUAUCCAUUCACCAGCCCCGAGCUCUUUCACAGGAAGUCAGAUGCUUCAGCGUGAACCACACACAGAGCCAUGUUCCUGCAAAGGAGUUGAUGCUGUGUACUCUUCCCUCCUCCCAGAGCUCAGCCCUUGAAAAAGGCAGGCUUAUAUUUCCCUUAGUCACACUUAUUUAUCUUACAGCUCACCCUUUCUCAUUUCUAAGUAUCCAGCAAGAAUAGCAGAAAAAACUAGCUAAAGGCUAACUAGCUAAGCCUGCCUUUGCACCAGAAAUUCUCAACAGAUAUUAAAGUGCAGAAUAAUUACGAGGAAACUUUCUCAACCAGUUUUAAACUACAACAGUACAUGUUUUGAAUAG